AUGAGAGAUUUGCAGCUAUUUAGUUCGAGAAGCAAGAGCGUGGGUGUUCCUCCACAUCCGUCUCAUUCGCCAUCUGUAUCCGUGCCAGCGCAUAUCCCGUCACAAUCACAGGCCUCGAGACUUCCAACGCUUUCUCGGGUGGAGUUACCACCAAUAAAACAUGCAAUCGGAGGUGCAGAAGAGUCUAUAUCAAUAGUAACCAGUACAACAACCCUGCCACAAAGAAUUAUCAGUACUGGCAAAAAAGCCCCUCGAUCAAAGGGAGCGUCCAAUCAUCGAUCCUACCAGCCUGGGAAGAAGUCAACGGCUGCAUACGCUAGCAAACAAACGACACAUUCGAGACCGGCCGCCCGGAAAAACACAGUCAGAGAGGAAAUCAAAGCAUCGCAUAUAGCGAAACGUCGACUAGAGUUGCCACAAAAUAUCUCCACAAACAAAGAGCGGCCGACAGUCGAGCCUCAAAAUCCCUAUGAUGACCCAAAGUACUUCAGUCCUUUAACUGUCCUCACCGAGGACGGCACUAAGCAGCCCAUUUUCAAGUUCCAUCAACACCCGGACACGGUAGAAGAGCAGUGGGCCGAAUACAAGUAUGGCCUCCACGGGCAACCGCCAGUUGAGCAACUAGAAGCAAAGUACCGGGCAAAGUGGCGAAACAAUGACUACGGCCGUUCUUGGUUCACCAGGCGUAAACCGUUUUGGGACAAAAUAAAGGAGGCAAUGGCAGAAGGGAAGACAGAAGCCGAGGCCUUGAACCUGAUGAGGGAUCUUGCCAAUGGGAGGGUCAAGAGUCUCAUCGGACAGCUCUGUGACGAACGAGCGAGCAAGCGCAGGCGACUGGAGAAGAUGCAGAAGGGUCGUUCGCGUGCGUCGAGGAAGAAGUGGUCAGAGGCGAGAAAAGAAGAAGUUGUUGAUAGUGCAGAAGAAGAGAGUGUCGGCGCAGACAGCAAGACGAACGCUGUUGUGCUACGCAAACGCAUCAAACAGUUUAAAGCAUGGGCUGGAGUCGACGAGAGUGAGUCAGACACGAUUUCAAAGAAAGAUGCCGACGAGCUGUGGUCAGAAUAA